AUGAAAAAAUCAAAAAAAAUAUUAUCGGAUGAUGAAUCUAUACCAGAUGAGGAUAAUACAAAGGAAAACAAUAAUUUCAUUAAUUUAUAUGAUAGCGAUUUUGAUAAAAACAGCAAAUGCAACUUGAAAUUCAAAUUUCUUAAAAAUGUUAAAAUAAUAAAUGAUGAAAAGAAAAAAAAUUUAAGUAAAAUAUGUUGUACUAAAAAUUAUUUAUUUAUUAGCACAUCCAAUGUUGUCAGUCAAGUACGUAUUUUUAAUUAUAGCAAUUUGAUAACUUUCAAAAAGGAUGAAGCGAUAAUUAGUUUAUCUGAAGUGAAUAAUAAUGAAGAAAUAAACAAAGAUAAAGAUGAUAGUAAAAGUGUGAACAACAGCGAAGAAGAAGGCAGUCAUUAUGACGACAAAACUUAUAUAAAUUUAUGUGACAUUUAUGACAAAAGCGAGUUUUUUUCUGAUAUAAGUGAACCCUCUAAUGAUGCUAUACAAAUGUGGAAUAUUAAAAAUAAACAAAUAAAUACUUAUAAUAAUAUAAACAAAACAUACGGUGACUUGAUGGAAAUAAAAGAGGACGCAUUUUUAAUAGACCAAGACAACAACAAUAAUAAUAAAUUCGACGAAAAUAAUACAUUAUCUUUAUCAAAUAGUGAAAUGUAUAAAGAAGGAAAUAUAAAAAAUAAAAACUACUAUUCAAAUGGAGAAGUGAUAGAUUUAAAUUCGCAUUUUCUUGAAAUAAAUAAUGAAGAUACCAUGUUUAAAGAAGAAUAUUUAUAUUACGACAACUUUUUAGAUAAUUCUAAAAAUGAAAAUGAAAAUAAGCCUGCAUGGAAUAACAAAGGUGAAGAUGAAGAAAAUAAAACAAAAAAUAUAAUAGAAGAAAAUAUCAGGAACGAAGAAUUACAAAAAAAUGGCUUUUACAUUAGUAGUGAUCUUUUAGAAAUAAAUGUUGAUGUAAUAAAGACAAAAACAAAUAAAACACCUAAUUUGAUAGAAUAUGUUGGAGAAUUUAUUGAUAUAUAUUCUCCAAUAAUUUUAAUGAAAAAAAAUGCUAAUGAGAAUAUUUUAUCUAUAUUAACAUAUAGUGGAAGUAUAUAUAAUUAUGAUAUUAGUGAAGAAAUUUUAAAGGAAUUAAAAGAAAAAAGAAUAAACAAAAUAGAAUUAUAUAAUAAUAUAGAAAAUUAUUUUAUUCAACAAGAAACAAAUAAAGCACCAGAUUUUUCAUUAGAAGAUGACGAUGGAAAGGAGGUAACAAUUCCUCCAUUGUCAAUAUGUGAACCUUAUUUUAUUAAUUCUAUUAAAUGCUUCGAUUUUUUACCAGAUGGAAAAACAUUAGUUUGUGUAGGUUUUAAUAAAGAUUAUUUUCUUUCCUUUGUUGAUUGCUAUACAGGAAAAAAAAUUAUAUAUAAUAAAAAAAUUAAAAUACAAAAACCGAGUAAUAAUAGAAGUAAUGACAACAAAGACGCAAAAAACGAUUUGCCCAACGAUAAUAUGGAUGAUAAUACUAGUAUGCAAAUAAACUUAAUAUGUGAUUUUAACUAUAUAUACGUUGAAAAGGAAAAAAAAACAUUUAAUGGAGAAUUUGGAAAUUUUGUUUACAUAGGGUCAUCAUGUGGAUAUUUAGUAUUUAUUUUUAUAAGUGAACAUUUUGUAAAAUUUCUUAAUAUUUUGUUAAGAGAUAAAAACGUAAAAAGUGGAUCGCUAUUUAUAUACGAUCCUAAUCUUGAUUAUGUAUUAGAAAACAAUGUAUUUAAUUGUAUUGUUGGGAAUGUGGAUGAUGUAUAUAAGCUUGAUAAGAGCAUGCUAUAUGCACUAUUGGAUGAUGACGAUACUAACAAAAAUAUAUUUUCCUUGGAUAAUAACACCAAAGAAAAUAUUUUUAAAAGAACAGAAAACAAUUUCUUUUCAUAUGCAUUUUUUAUUUCAAAGAAUGUUAAGGUAAAUUCUAUUAUAAGCUUAAACACCAAGAAAAAUGAUUAUAUUAACUUAUUUAUAGCAUUAAAUAAUGGAAAAGUUUUAAAUUAUAUUUUCGAUAUAUUCACUUCUUUUUCAACAAAGACGCCAAUUACUAUGAGCAAUUUAUAUUCAUAUUUAAAUAAAAAUAAUUCAAACGUAUCCAAAAAUUGCAUACAUAAUGAAAAUUCAGAUAAUAACGUAUUUAUAAAAAAAAGCGAGAAAUUAAUUUAUGAUUUUACAGGUUUACAUAAAUCAACCACUAUAAAUAAUAUUGAUCUAUACCAAAAUAUUAUGAAUAAUAAUUAUCAUAUUUUUAUAAAUUCAAAUGUAAAGAAAAUUCGUGAGUUGUCUGAUAAAAAUUUUUAUAUAACUUAUAUGAUGGAUGUGCAUACUAAAAAAAUUGAAAAUUUAUAUAGGCAUAUCUCUUAUAUUAUUGAUUCAUGCAUAUCUCCACAAUUUUACUUUUGUUUGGAUGAUAACAACAAAGUGGCUAUAUUUUAUUCGUUAUAUAUGUAA